AGUUCACCCACAGCCCAAUGUGCAGCAUAACCCCCCAUUUUUUGCCGUACGUCAGAAUGCCACAGCGCAUAGUUGACCGCUAGGUCAGGGCGAAUCUUCUCUACCCUAAAGUGUUUGCACCUCAGGCUCUGCUAGGCAUCUAUGUCAUCGUUGACCGCCUAGCACCAUCUCCACCGCGCACAGCUCCCAAGGAGUACAAUAUCUACGUAGAUUCCAGCCCGACCCAUACGUCCGAAAUGCCACCAGAUGUCUCUGCUCUCCCGCCAGAGCUCUGGAUCCGAAUCCUCUCGCAUCACCCUGACCCCGUCCAUCUAUGGUCCACAUGUCGCAUUCUCUCGCGGACAUGGCAGUCCUACGUCGAGACAGUUGUCAGCACCGUAUACCUGCGCUAUUUCGCCUCCAUAUGCUUCUCGCUAGAAAAAUACAAUCUGGGAGGAAAGACAGCCAGGCCUGAAAUCUCCUGUACAUUCGACAGGUUCGAGGACGAAAGCGCGGACAAAGAUGGGACGGGUAGCGACAAGGACCAGAGCAAUGGGAGGGAGAAAUUCGCCAAGGUCAUGGACAGAUGGGAAGAGCGCGUGGCGACAUCCAAACCAGAGACUCCGCAUUACACCAUUCGCAUUGGGAGAUUAAUCAACGAUACGGCGUUGCCUGGUCUUGUGUUCAGCAAGGAGAGGCGAGAGAUCGGAUUUUCCUGGCUCCCGAUGAUACGACUCUUCUUCAGAGAGCAGGAGCGACUAAGGACUCUAAAAUCGAAAUACCACCUCGACGUCCGAAGAACCCUCGAAAGCAACCGCAAGAAACUGGCGAAAGGCGAGGCGCUAUCGCCAGAGGAACUCCCCAAAUCUUGGGCCUCGCUAGAACCAGACGUUCGGAAGAGCAUCAGACGCGUAAGGCUCAAGGAAGCAUACAGUGACAACGAAGAGAUGCAAUGGGCGAUAGGAAGCCUGAAAGUGUAUGAGAGCAGCAAGGGUUCGGACGGCAAGGUUGUCAAAGCCUUAUCCGAGAUCCCCGGGGCCGGAAUGGGCGAGAGAUGGUUCGGCAGCACAUAUUUAAUCCAGGCACUGUACCUAGACGAGUGGUCCUGCCUGCAUGGCAUCGAUACGAAAUCGGAACAUCUGGCCCAUGAGGCUGGAUGA